UCUUUGCAGAGUCACACCAUUCUUCUAAUUCAACCCAGUGCAAAGCCAGAAUCCAGGACAUACUCUGAUUAUGAAACUAAAGAUGAGUGCAUGGAAGGUAAAAUUAUAAUAAUAAAUUGGAUUUUAGGGGUGAAUCUUCAUUCCCUGUUUUCUGAUUCAAAUGGGAAUUCUUUGUGUUGGUUCUGGUGAAGGGAGAAAAAGAACAAGAAGGUGAACCAAACCAAACUUAACCCUCAAGUAAUGUCAGGUACAGGAGUCAAACCCAGGCCUCGGAGGUGGGAAGUGAGUGCUCUCCCAAGUGGCACAGUGUCAUACCUUAACUUGUGAAAUUCCAUUUUACAUACUGUACCCUACCAAAUAUUGAACCAAAUCACUAAGUGGGUUUAAAUGCUUCUUGGGUUGAACAAUUCUCUCAACUUAACAUUACUGGAUGAUAAAUUGCACUAUUUCAAAGAAACUCCCCUGAAAACAAUUUGCUAAUGACAGUUUUGAAGUAUCAGUUUUUGUGAGGAUGCCUUUGCCAGUUUCAUUGGUGAAUCACUGGACAUAGUUUGUACAGGUCAUGUUCUAGAUAGAAAGUUAUUUUUUCUAAGCAACAUUGAGUGUUUUUCAUAGAAAAUGUUUUGUCAACAAGGGCAAAAGUACCAGAGGCAGUUUAAAAUUUUCACAUUAUUUUGAUACGCAAGAGUUGUAUAAUACUUCAUGAAAUCUAAAAAACUUGAGGAAUAAGUUUUAGAAAGUUGUUAAGUUUUGUAAGCUUAAAAGAGUGUGAAAACACACAUUGAAUAUAUAUAGUUUCCCUACAAUAGCUUCACUUUUCAGUUAACAAGUAAGGGAAUAGACAAUUUAAUCAGCUUGAUUGGCAUAUCUUUUUGAAACCCCAGAUUCUCUCAACUAAUUUUCAAGGAAAUAUAUAGCCACCAGAUGGGGCAGUUAAGAUUAGAACUUGUUAAAAAAAUGUAGCAGCAUCUCUUAUAAUAUUCCAUUAACUGUAUCUUUCAGGAGUUUGCAAGAUAUUUGAAGAAUACCUUAAGAAGUCCAACCCAAGCACCCCGUCAAUCACAUACGACAUCAGCCAACUGUUCGACUAUAUCGACAAUUUGACAGACCUGUCUUGUUUGGUGUACCAUUCUAAAAACAGCUCCCUAACAAACUUGCUGCAAACCUGCAUUGUAGAUUUGUAGGCUGUAGUUAUCAGUAGUUUAGUGGCUUGAUACUUUGGGUACUUGCUGGAGGCAGUGUGGCAGAGUGGUUAGGCCGCUGAACUUGUAAUCUUGUGGUCUUGGGUUCAAGCCCUCCUUGCUGCUACUCACUGGAUUCAUUCUUGGUUGCCCCAAGUUUAACUCCUUGGCUGCAUUUUGUAAACAGCUGUUUGCAGAAAGGGUGGUGGAAUAAAGGCGCUAAACUGCAUGUGACAACGCCAAAAGACAUUGUCAGUAGUUUUCAGGUCACGGUUCUAGGACCUCAGGGUUUCAGGGAAAUCAGAGAAAACAUCACUGUAAGGAGAGGCCUAGGCAUAGGUGUUUUAUGAAUUCAUUUUGUUUGCAAGACUGACUUUUACUUCUUAAUUUGUUGAAAAAUGAAAAGAACUAACUAAUUGACCCUAAUCAAUGACGAAAAUGAUGCAAACUCGACUAAAGUGAAUUAGAAGACAUCCUAAGAAAAAACUGUUUGCAACAUGAUGUUCUAUCGUUUUGAACUGAUGGUAUUCAUGUCUAUGUUGAUAUUUAUCCCCUGUUCAGUAGAUCAUUUGUCCAUAUCUGUUUCUCUUAUUACCAGAUUACCUUCCAAGAUUGUCACCUGCUUUCAUCCUUUUUUCUCACAACUUUUCUGAAAACAGCUGUAUAACCAGCUGAUCUGCCUCUGGCCAGUUGGAAUUUUUAAAAACUCUAUGUUUAUUUGCAAUUUGUUUGUAUUGGUCCUGAUAAGCUGUAUUUGGGGAAUGGUCAAUUAAUGUUAUUAUUACAUUUAGUAUUACGUGACUAGAAAAGUAGAUGAUCAGGUUCAUAUCCACACCAAUUUUAAAUUGUUCCAUUUUGUUGUGUUGUAAGGGGCCUUACUCUCACAAAACCUUCCAUCCAAGUUGCUUGCAAUUCUUCAGGAAAGCUUCAGCUGAGGAAUUGUCUAGGGAUUAUCCUGCGAUAGAAAGGCUGUACGCUCACAGCACUUGGCUGCUUUAGACAAGCAACACUUGACAUACAACAGCCUGCACCACUUUGCUGUCAUGAAGGGCAAUGACUAAUCAUGAGAAGUUUGGAUGAUGUUCUAAAUUUUUAAGUAUAUGGGUCCCAAAACAUUUUGGAAUUUUUACAAUAUGAAGUUCCUUCUCCAGUUUUUCACAAUGGGAAAGUUCUUGCCUGGAAUAAACCUAUAUGUUGUUUUUAACAGGGAAUAGUUAGUUUGUAAAAUUCUUUUGUUCAGUUGUUGGUUAGAUUUUGAUGACUUUUUGGGGUUUUGUUUGUGUUUCACUUCUCUCUCUCAACAGACAACACCCAAAGCAGACAUCUUUGUAUGAACCACACAACAAGGAAUGGAUUAAAGAAAACAUUUACAUCAUGUUAAGAAAGCAAGCUGGGAAAUGA